AUGUUCUGGAUACUGUGUAGUACGUUCGUUACUUUAUUGCUAUCGUUACUUGCGAUAGAUAGAUAUUUCUCAUUUAAAUUACACAAGAAUUCUUUCCCAUUAACUUUGGCAAUGGUUUCAUUAAAUAUGUUUGUAUUAUUAGUGACAGAUAUUUUAUUACCAUGGGAUUUAAAGACAGGCAAUAAUACUUCAACUGGAACUAGUUUACUUUGGUUAUUAAUAUAUUGGACUCAAUUUAUAAUAUGUUGGUUAAUUAUACCUGUACAAAUAUCUUAUCUUUCAUUGAAAUAUAUCACUUUAAAGAUAGAUAUUAAACAAAGAUUAUCAAAAGCAAUUAUGGAUAAUAUUAAAUUUUAUUCUUUGUGUUUAUUAGGUAUAUUUAUUGGUUUCACAUAUUUAAUUUUUUCAACAGGUCAUUCUCCAUUAGAUUUUAAACCUUUAUUAAUUUCAUUAUCACAUUUAUAUUCGUUAAGUUAUACCUUAAUUUUAUUAUCUUCGGGAUUAAUUAUGUUCCCAAGGGAUUUAUUAAAACCUUUAAUUCAUUCUUUAAAGAAAUCUCAAACCAUUAUAAAUGAUUCUACAACAAUGGAAAGAGAUCCGAAUGUAAAUAAUGCAUUGUUUGUUGAAUUAAGUAAAACUAAUGAAGAUUUAAAUGAUGCGCAAUUAUCUUUAUCAGAAAAAGCUGCAAUGAUUCAAAGUACACAAGAAUUGACUAACGGUGAUAUUGUAUUUAAUGAAUUAUUAAUCGAAGUUAAAGAUGAAAUUAAAUAUAAAUUAUCAAUUAUUAAUGAUUCUUUAACAACUGAUCAAAAUUUAUUACCGUUACAAACCUCUUCGAUAAAUUCUUUAGAGAAAUUAAAUAAUAAUUAUAAUAAAUUUAUUACAAAUUAUUAUAACUUUAUUUAUUAUAAGAAAAAAUCAGAUGAAAUUAUUCAUAUUUUAGCACAAUCUUAUAAUUCAACAAUUUUAUCACCAAAAAAUAUUAUUAUUACUAUAUUUGGAUUUAUUGCAAUGAUUUUAUCUUGUUUAAUUAUUAUAGUGGAAAUUUUACCGAGAACAAAGUUAAAUGAUCAUUUAUUUUGGCAAAAUAACGAUGAUGUUUUCAUUUCAACUUUAUUAAUAUUAUCAUAUAACACCAUUUGUUCAUUAUACGCAAUGAGUAAAUUUAAAUUUAAUAAUUUCCAUUUGAUUGCUAAUGGUAAUAGUAAUCCAUCAAAUGUUCUCUAUUAUUCUUUAUAUUCUUCAAGAUUAUUAUUCCCUCUUUGUUUCAAUCUUAUGACACUUUUACCUAAAGAAGUUGCUAAUGAAGCAAAUUUCAAUAUAACAUUAUAUCAUGAUUUGAAAUUAAUCUCAUUCGUUAAUUUCUUAAAUAAUUAUUUACCAAUGUGUUUCAUGAUUUUGGUACCAAUAAGUUAUAAAUUUGAUAUUAAAAGGAAAAUUUUAUUAAAAAUAUUAGGUGAAGAAUAUUAUUACCAAUUUUUCGGUAUGAUGAUAUACGAACCUGUCGAUGAUGUAGAAAAUAAUUAUAAUAAUGAAAAUGAUAGACAAACUUAUGAUAGAAUUAAUGAAGAUUAUGAAUAUUCAUUAAAAGAUGGAAGGUAUAUUUUCGAAAGAAUGGCAGCAAAUGUGAAUUUUGAUAAUAAUUCAUCUUUAGCACCAAUUAGUCUGCAUGAUAAUGUCUCUACUACGUCACACUUAUCCACUUCAACAAAUAAAAAUAAUAACAAUAUAAAUAACACAAUUAUAUAA